CGCUCGCACUUCGCGGGCCUUUCGUACCCGCAGCGCCUUCUUCUCGAUUCGUACCCUUAGCCGUAAGUACUGCUGCUGCUAUUCGUACUGCUAGGAGGGAAGCGUGGGAGAGGCGUCGCUGCCCGCGUGCGUACCUACACGCUACAGUCAACAUGGCAGCCAACAAGGGCAAAGGCCAGAACUCGCUGGCACUGCACAAGGUGAUCAUGGUAGGAAGCGGUGGCGUGGGCAAGUCUGCACUCACGCUGCAAUUCAUGUACGACGAGUUUGUGGAGGAUUACGAACCCACCAAGGCCGACAGCUACCGCAAGAAGGUGGUGCUGGAUGGCGAGGAGGUGCAGAUCGACAUCCUGGACACGGCUGGGCAGGAGGAUUACGCCGCGAUCCGAGACAACUACUUCCGCAGCGGCGAGGGCUUCCUGUGCGCCUUCUCCAUCUGUGAGCACGAGUCGUUUGCUGGCACCGCUGAUCUCCGCGAACAGAUCCUGCGUGUGAAGGAAGAUGACAGCAUCCCCUUCCUGCUCGUGGGGAACAAGUCAGACCUGGAGGAGCGGCGGCAGGUGUCCAUAGAGGAGGCGCGGGCACGCGCAGACCAGUGGGGCGUUGGCUACGUGGAGACGUCCGCCAAAACUCGCGCUAACGUCGACAAGGUGUUCUUUGAUCUGAUGCGUGAAAUCCGGACAAGGAAAAUGGAAGACAACAAGGACAAUGGGAAGAAAAAGAAAAAGAAGAGUCUUGCCAAGAGAAUCCAGGAGCGAUGCACUCUGCUGUGAGGUGCUUUUGCCUGCAUUAGCAUCCCCAAGAUGUGACCAUGUCUCACCUCAUGAAAAAGACAAACACAAAGGUCCACCUUGUGGCCCGCUUACACUGUUUGUGGAAAGUGCUUUAAGUGAGCACCUAUUACAGUCGGUACAGCAUGCAAAGGGGUGGCGUGGCCAUCGCUCAAGGCCAGCCAUCUUUGUCUCUCUUGCCCAUGUUGACACGCUGCAUCAGGUACUCAUUUAAGGCUGAGUCGACCUUGGGGAGAGACCCAAGAGCUUUUCAGAUAUCACUUGCCACUGUUUAGCCAUGAUCGGGAAUUGAACUCAGGUUGCUGAGUUCUGAGCGCAGUGCGCCAUCUACUACACCACUGCUCCACCCAUUGCACAUAUACACUUGCUUCUGCCACAGUCAUCACAUGAAACACUCAUAUGUUGUCAAGAAUUGAUGUACCUCUUUUGUUAAAUACCUUCGAAGUAACUUUCAACAUGUCUUCAUCUUAAAUGUCAUUUUUUUGGGUGGAAGUAUACUUCUGUUUCCUUAAUCACUGCUCCUUGCACGAAUGUGAACAUAUGUAGGCAACUUUAUCCUCCAUUUUUGGCUCAAAGUGCUUUGCACCAAAAGUGCCAAAUUGCACAGAAUUUACACUGCGAGGUGCACAUCAAGGUCUCAUCACACCGCAUGGGCCACAGCGUUUCAACUCGACACAUUGGCUCAUUUUUUUACCUGCUCACUCACUCAAGGCUUGUCCACCUACUGUAUUGACCAUCUCGCCUGGGGUCUUUGACCCGACCACCUCACUCUCUUGGGAAGCAAGACUGAUUGCCUGACUCAGCUGGGCUUUUCAUCCACUUGGCUUACUUGGGUAUGGUUUUAGCAUCAUAUUCUCAUUGAUGUGGGUCUCCUACCUGUAUGAUCUGCUUGCCUGCCUGUAACACUAGGCCACCUUUAGAGGUGACUUGAAGUUAAUUGUUUUUCUUGUUAUUUUUCUGUAAUUUAGCUUUUGUUUUAGUGCUUUUAAUAUAGGUAAAAGUGAAGUUUUCAAUGGCCAUCAAUACAGACACAUGUAUGUCAAUGUGCAAACCAUAGCACACUUGUGUAAGAAAUAAAUGUGUAACAAACAUUUUCACAUAAAACAUUUUUACAACAUUCAGCCCCAUUCCUCACCAUUUUCCUCCUCCAACAGAAAGCAAUUCAAGCUAACUUUGAAAAGUGUCAGAAAAUGAAUAACAUGCAAAUAAAAAAAAAUACAUAUUCACUCUAUGACCUAAACACAAUUCGUUUUGUGGACUGGAUUCAUAUGGGUGAUUGACAGUUUUGCAAUUCAUAUAGAUAAGAUCGUAAGAAACAUACUACAUUUUAUAUGCCUGAAUUGGAGGAUCAAACUGAAUGAGAUUGGGAAUAAUGUACAGAUGCCACUAUUGAAGGUGCUCUGCAUAUUCAAUGUAUAACCCCUCUGUCGGAUUGUUACCCUAUUUGUUUAUCCAUUUUGCUGACUUUUUGUUGCAAGCUAUUUUCUCUGCGAGUCUUCAUUAUGGAGAUGGUCAAGAUGAGUAAAAAGAACAUACUUUGAAAAUCUGUAUUUACCAAGAAGGGUCUCUCUAAGUCUUAAAGGCUCUUGAUAAAUUAGAUUUUUAUGUUUUUGUAUUAAAUCCAUAAAGGGAACUUAAAAAAUUGUAAUAUAUAACAAUGGAGAAAAACGAGCUUACUUCUCCACAAUGUGUUCUAUACAUUUUUUAAAACGUGUUUUUGUUAGUCGUAUGGCCUGCUUUGCACAUGCAGUUUGCAUUUGUCUUUGCAGAUAUCUAUGCUAUGGACCCAACUCAAUCUUUAACAUUUUGGGAUUUCGAUUUAAAGCUUUCGUGACUGCAGGGAUUCAUCUUCUUGGUUCUUUCGGUAAAGCCACGUAGAAGGGAAGUAAUAAAAUAAUAAAAAUAAAACAUAAUAAAACAAUUCUCACGACGUUUCGGCCACAACGCAAGCAGCCGUCCUCAGGUGAAAACCAGGUCUGUCGAGGCGACAGACGCUGUUGCUUUACCGAAAGAACCAAGAAGAUUUUGGGAUUUCUUCAGCAGUUUUAACAUUAUCACACAAUUGGACCUGAGGCAGGAGGCAAAAAAGCACACAUUCCGAUAACCUGACAAUGUUGUGGGAAAAAAUUACAUGACGUGUUUCACGUAGUUGUUGUUUUUUAACCAGGCUAAGACCCCCAGUUUGGUUUACUUGAUGACCUUGUUUUAUAUCAGGAUUCAAACAGAAUUAACAGCAGUGUUGGCGCACUGCUCUGAAAUGGUCAUCAGCUGCUGGGCCACUCGGACAACGCUUCAACUAACAUUUAUGUUCACAAUAAUCGUACACCCUCCACGCACUUUCACUGAUUAUACACUGGGCCUUAUGCUGAGCUGUGAAUAUAGGUUCAAGCUAGCUUCUUAUAUGCUUGAGGCUUGUUGUCGAUUAGCAAUCACAUGUAUUAUUUUCAGUUUUGUGAAGUUUGGAUCAAUAAUACAAUAAUUAUGUUCCACUUUGGGAUGUCCCCUCUGUUGGACAAGUACAACAAAUGGAAAUAAAUUUAUGUAUAAGUUGAAUUAUUUGCUCAAAAAGGCCUGCCCUUCGUUAUUCAAACAUUUGUAUUACAUAUUAAAAUAUAUUUUCACAUGCUUAAAUAGCUCAGAGUUGUAAUUCAGUUGCCACAAUUAGUCAUUGCUUUGUAGUUUAUCGUAUUGAUUACUCUUUUGUUAUUAAAUAAUUAAAUAUCCCUGAUUUCAGGUAAAACUCAUCAGUUUUUAUAUGAGAUUAUACUUCCGAAACUAUACAGCAUGUUAGCUUGGUAGCCAGAAAUGUAUACUGUACAAACCUGAGUCUUCGCAAACUGCAUAAAGUUGCCUCUUAACAAAUAAAUCAAUCCUCAAAGUAACUUGA